UGUAAUUAAAAGCUAUAAAACACCAAAACUUUGAAAUUCACAAAAUAAAAUAAAAGCAAAUAAAAAUCAUCAAUUAGUGAUACAAUAUAUAUGUCAGAGAGUUCUAAAAAAAGAAUAUUUGAUUAAAGCCUGGACUAAAUAAUUCACAUGCUUUAAGGUUAGUUUUAGUCAACUAUAAUCCUUAGCUAGAAUUUAGAUAAGUUGAUUAACUCUUCAUAUUUUAACUACCAACCUCCAGAAAAGCCAUACCCUUCAGGUCUACUUCUUUUAAACAAUAAAGUCAUAUCUAAUAGCUUAAAAGAGCACGAAUCAAAAUAAACAAAUCAUCUUGGAAAUCAUGAAAAAUUGAGCAAAACUUAACAUACUUUAAAUAAAUCUCUUGAAUAGAGUUAUUCUGAUAUAAAUAAUAACUUGAGCAGCUAGUCUUUGUCUUAGAAUACCAAAAUCAAAAAAGAGGAAUCUGAAAAUCAAAGUGAUUAAUAAACUCAAAUAGAAAAUUAAUCACACAUCUAAGAUCAAAAUUAAAAAUUAAUUUCUAAAGAAAAACAAGAUGGCAAAGAUAAAGAAAAUGGCUAUUAUUUUUCUGAUUUAAAAUCAAAAGAAGAAGAUUCAAAGCCUACUGUCAAGAAGAUUUUCAAAAAAAAGAAAAUCGAAAAAAUAAAGAAGAAAUUUUGCAUAUCUUAAAAUCAAAGCUUUAAUUAAGACUCUAGCUAAGAAGAAAUAUCAGUAAUUACAAAACCUGAUAUUGAAGAAGAUAUCAGAUAUUAAGCAGAGAAUCGCUAAAAAUCUGAUUAAAAUUUAAUAAAUUAAAGCUUUUAAAAUUUUACCUCUUAUGAAAAUGUGAACUCUAGUGAAAUGAGAAAUAAAUAUUUUUAAAAUUCUCCACCAAUUCAUUAGAAAUAAAGAUAAUUCUAUGACAUUUUACAAUCCUCAUAUUACAAAAAUCGUUAACAGGAUUCUUUUUAAAAAUAAUUUUUAUUGAGCAACUAUUAAAACUAGUACUACUAAAGUUCUGAGAGAACAAAGCAAAUGCCUUCACCUUUUAUUGCAUAAGAAUAUAAUCCACCCAUUUAAAAAUAGAUUAACAAUGUGAGUUAUUUCUAUACAGAAAACAAUCUAUACUACCAACAGCUUUUAAAACAGUAUGGUAGCAUGAAAAAUUUAUAACUUUUUGAAGAUUAGGGUUAUAGCAAUAAUGCAAUCUAAAAUUAAUAAAUGGGAUAAGUUAAAACAGAAAAUAUAGAAGACAUUUCAUCUUAAAUUAAUGAAUCUUUUUCUAAUAAUUCCUAGCAAUUUAAAAAAAACAAAAAAUUUCCUUCUGUUAUAUACAUAGAAGGAAGCAAAAAAUUUUAAUGCCAAAUUUGUAAAAAGACAUUUGAUUCUAAGUAAAAACUUGGAGGACAUAAAGCAAGAUCACAUCCAGACGCUCCUUGCUAGAGAACAGAAAGAGAAGAAAAGAAGAAGAAAAAAAUUUAAGAGAGUGAAGCAAUAACUCCUUCAGAAAGCAAUACAGCUGAUGGAUAUGAUUAAUUUAAGAGUAAUACUAAUUAUUUAAAAUCUAAUCCUUCUGGCUUAUAACUCAAAAACAAAAAUAGGUGUUUAGAAUAAUAUCCUUAGAUGAUUAACUACUUACAUGACUCAAAUGAAAAAAAUUUCCAUAAUAACAAUUCAUUACAAAACAUCAGCAGAAAUAUUUUCCAUUAAUAGCAAGACACAGAUUAUUAUAGUUUUUAACCAAGACAUUACUCAUAUCAGUGA